CUGUGGCGCCCGGCGCAGCCUUUAUCUAGGGGCGGAGGUAGCGCUGUCCGCUCCGCAUUGCAGGAGGGCGCUGGCACGAUGGAGCGGUGGCUCUUCUGUCUCCUCGGGCUCCUGGCGGCCGCUGUGGCAAGCCCUGUUUUGUGGCAGAAGGACUGUUUGAAGGGUCCAGAGGUAUGGUGCCAGAGUGUUCGGACAGCAUCACAGUGUGGAGCGGUGAAACACUGCCAGCAGAAUGUCUGGAACAAGCCUACCGUCAACAGUAUCCCCUGUGACUUAUGUAAGGAACUUGUGACAGUAGCUGGCAAAGUUUUGAAGGAUAAUGGUACUGAGGAUGAGAUCCGCUCUUACUUGGAAAAGACAUGUGAGUUUCUUCCUGACCAAGGCCUGGUCUCUGAGUGCAAAGAAAUUGUGGAUUCAUACCUACCUGUUAUCAUGGAUAUGAUCAAAGAAGAGCUAGAUAAACCUGAAGUUGUAUGUAGUGCCCUUGCACUGUGUCAGUCCCUUCAGAAGCACCUUGCAGCAGUGAAACUUCAGAAACAGCUCCAGUCAAAUAAGAUACCAGAGCUGGAUUUCUCUGAACUGGCAUCCCCAUUCAUGGCUAAUGUGCCUCUUCUCCUUUACCCUCAGGACAAGCCCAAGCAGAAGUCAAAGGGAAGUGGGGAUGUAUGCCAAGACUGCAUUAAGCUGGUUACUGAUGUUCAGGAAGCUGUGAGGACAAACUCAUCUUUUGUAAAGUCUUUGGUUGCUCAUGCUAAGGAGGAGUGUGACCGUUUGGGACCUGAAAUGUCUGAUAUGUGCAAGAACUAUAUCUCUGAAUAUUCUGACUUGGCUAUCCAAAUGAUGAUGCACAUGAAGGAUCAGGCUGUUUUCAGUAAUGCGGAAAUGUGUUUCUUUUUGCAAAAAGUGAUGUUACUGGAUGAUUUAAAGAAGCAACCAAAGGACAUUUGUGCCAUGGUUGGGUUCUGUUCUUCUGUGAAAUCUGUUCCCCUUCGGACUCUGGUACCAGCUCAAGUGGUUCAUGAAGUAAAAAUGGAAACAGUGGAGAAAGCCACAGUUCAAGAGAAAGCUCUUUCCUUGUGUGAAAUAUGUGAGACCAUGGUGAAAGAAGUGACUGGCCUUUUGGAGAGCAACAAGACAGAGGAGGAGAUUGUACAUGAAAUGGAAGUGGUAUGCUACCUGUUCCCAGCAAGUGUCAAGGCCCAGUGUAAGGACUUCAUUGAUGUCUAUGGCCAGGCUUUGGUUGACAUGCUCUUGGAGGCAACAAGUCCUGAAGCUGUGUGUGUUAUGCUGAAAUGCUGUGCUGCCAACAAGCCUCCACCACCACCAGUUGUAGUGAAACCUGCAGAUGGCUUCUGUGAUAUCUGCAAGAUGGUGGUAGCUUAUGCAGACAAAGAACUAGAGAAGAAUGCCACGACAGCUGAAAUUGAAGCUUUACUGGAAAAAGUGUGUCACUUCCUGCCAGAGUCUGUCAGUGAUCAGUGCGUUCAGUUUGUGGAUCAGUAUGAACCUAUGGUUGUGCAACUCUUGGCAGAAAUAAUGGAUCCCACUUUUGUUUGCACUAAACUUGGAGUCUGCGGAUCAGCUAAGCAGCCUCUCCUGGGGGAUGAUGCUUGUGUUUGGGGUCCAGGUUACUGGUGUAAGAACAUGGAGACUGCUGCUCAGUGCAAUGCUGUUGAUCACUGCAAACGUCAUGUGUGGAACUAGAAGAAGAAUUUCCAGUUCUGAAAGUUUGCCAUGGCUCUUAAAAAUGUGGGCAGAGGUUGGCAGAGAGCUGCAUCUCAAAUGUCCCUCCUCUCUGCCUCAUUAACAAUUUGACCUUCAAGUUCUUUUAUUGUAACUCUUCUGUAGCAGUGCUGCCCUUGAAGGAUCUGAUCUUCAUUGUUGACUUCACAAAGAUAUUUUUGAUUGUACAGUUUAACUCAUUAUGCUCCUAAAAAAUAGUCAGUGUGUUGUAGGUUUUUAAUUGAUAGGCUGAAGUGUUUUUUAGGUGCUGGAGAGAAUGGCAAAGAAGGUGAAAUGAGGCAAGGCCAUGAUCUUUUAAUUUAAAAAAGAGCAAGAUGGUGACUAAAUUUAAAUAUGUUUUCCUGUAGUCAGCAUUGGGAAGAUUACAUGCUUUGCAUUUCUAACAUCUGGCUGGAAUUGUCAUUUUCAGUGUAACCCUAGGGAACUCUUUUAAGAGAUAAUGCUGUACCUGGGAAUCUCUUUGGUUGGAAUUUUCAAAGCUCUGCAAAUGCAGAGAAGGGGCUUCUUGUGCCCAGCUAACUUUCAAAGUAACUGGUACCUAAAAAGAUGCAUUUGCAUUUGAGUGACCAUGCUUAUAGCUUGUUGUAGUGUUACAGUUAAGGAAACCCUCCUUCAAACUUUGAUCAUGUCCUUUUUAUUUCCUUGGACUACUUGAUAUAAGCAUGGGUGUGCUACUGUCAAGCCCUGUGGGAUUUCAGUCUUUUGAAGCAUGCUGAUGUACUUAAGGAAUGGCUCCCUUUUUUCUUACCCUUGUUGCUCAAUUCUGCUUAGUCUUGCAGCUUCCUACAUGCAAACAAAUGGGUGCCAAGGAGGUGGAGUGAGCUGGUUUGGUAGAAGAUGGAGGUGCAGAAAAAGUCAGCAAAAGUCAGCAGGGGCUGUGCAUGUCUCAAAAGCAAGUUCAGCAUAGAGGGCAGAAUGCAGGGAAAAAUGGGUUUCAUUGUAAACCACUGGUUUGUUCCUUGAUCUGUUUUUGUUCUUGUGGCAUAUUUUGGUUAUGUAAAAUUUCAGAGGCACUGUGAUGUUCACAAACAGUUUCCAUUGCUGCCACCCAUUCUCACUUGACAUUCACCUUUCUGAGUAAAGUAUAAUUUUUUUCCAGAGCUUCCAUUUCUGUUGGGAAGUGUGUCUGAGUAGCAAGUGGAGAUGGCAGAGUUAAGAGCACUGUAGUAGGUAUUUGGCAGCUCUGCUGGCAUACCUGACAACCUGCUUUUCACGCCUCUGCAGCAUCCCACUGAAAUGGCCUGAACUUCUGAACAAAAGUCUUUUGAGACAGGCUGCUGCCCUGGGAACAAGUCAGGCCCUUGAGGUAUAUAGGGCCCUUGAAUGAGAAUCAUGCUUACAUUGCUUGAGAUGGACCUUGUACUGCUUAGUAGCAUUCAGUAUGUGGUUCUGGUCAAGUUAACCCCCAAAACAGAGGCACCACAAAGUAGCUCUGAGGAGGCCUUUUGGAAGGAGAAGCUUGGCAGAGGUGGAGCUUUGAAAAUUCCAGUCCUGUUCAGAAAGGAGCUGGCAAUGCUGCUGUUCUGUGUGGUGUCUUGGGUGAGGCAGGAGCUCCGGUAACUGCUUUAGAAGCAAGCAAAGUAAUUUUCAUGCUGUUUUAAUGAAAAACCACUUGACUGCAGCUUUUUUUAGUUACUACAUGUACAUGCUAAAUGUCUGGGCAGUGUUGACAGAUAGCAGUACUGGUUGAUCUUUCCUGUUUGCAUUUGUACAGAACACUGAAGCACCUGUGGCUCUAAACAUGAAAAUAAUCUUCCCUAAAAAUGUAAAAUAGCUACAGCUUUCUGUCUUGGCGGGCUUGUGCAGUGGUUCCCAUGGUGUAUCCCAGAUGGGGUGGAUAUGCCGGAUAGGAGGAAAUGGGCUCUCUUCAGCAUUGCUGCCCUGAAGGUACAGGUUGGGUUACACUACAGCAUGUAGUAUGGUAUGUGAUCUUUUUAACUAGAUGGUGUUCUCUUAACACGAUGAAUUGAGACUUGCUCUUCCAUGUUGGCAAGGUUUUAAUUUUCUUGGGUUUUUAGUAGUGAAGGAUUAUGCUAGCAACCUGUUGGUAGAGGUGAAGUGGGAGAAAUCCUGUGCUGCUGCUGGGAGUCUCUUUAGGCUCUUUUCCUGUGGACUGUGGCACCUGACCUGCUUGAGUUACGCUGGGGGAACACGUGCUUUCUGAAGAACAUUGUCUUGAUUUUUGCACAAAAGCUUCCUUACUGAACAAUAAAAACCUCUGUAAACCGA